CUGAUUCCUCACAUGACAGAUUUUUUUAACCAGUUCAGUGUUGAAGCGGCUGAUUAGUUAGCAGUGUGAAAACUGGUCGAAAUACUAAAGUUUGGUUGGCACGCACAAUAAUACGUAAACUCGGCAUGGUUCUGAGACCCUACAAACUGUGAAAAAACAACAACAACAAAAAAAAACAAAAAACGAUAGGAUCUUACCGCCGGGUGUUUUCGAGUGAGGACAUCACACCAAGAUGAGGCCAGAAAGAAAAUCACUGUUAAACAUCAUUGUAUUGGGUCUUGGCUUUAUGUUAAUAUUCACCGCCUUCCAGACCUGUGGAAACAUUGAACAAACUGUGCUUAAGAGUUUUAAUAGCACAGAAUUCCAUGGAAGUGGGUACACAAGCAUGGCUAUUAUCUAUGGAGUCUUCUCUGCAUCAAACCUAAUUGCUCCUUCAGUGGUAGCUGUCAUUGGACCUCAGUUGUCACUGUUUUUCAGUGGACUAGUUUACAGUGGAUACAUCGCAAUGUUUAUUCACCCUUUUACCUGGAGUUUCUACACUGCUUCAGUCUUGGUUGGAAUUGCAGCUGCAGUGCUGUGGACAGCUCAGGGGAAUCUUCUUACCAUCAAUUCCAGUGACUCUUCUAUUGGCCGAAACAGUGGGAUAUUCUGGGCUUUGCUGCAGUUUAGCUUGUUCUUUGGCAAUCUUUACAUUUAUGUUGCCUGGCAUGGGAAGGUUCACAUAUCAGAUAAAGACCGUCAGACGGUGUUCGUUUCACUCACCAUCAUCAGUCUGGUUGGAAACUUCCUCUUCUUCCUCAUUCAGCGGACUGAGACAGAGGUUGUGCCUACUGAGGUGUCUGAAUCACCGCUGUCUGGAGAUGCUUGUGAAAGUGACUCAGUGGUGGUAGCACCCCAGGGUCUAGGUGCUCAGGCUUUGUUGGCAUUCAAGAAAUCCAUUCAGCUGGCCAUGACCAAAGAAAUGCUGCUGUUAAGCAUAUCCAUCGCAUACACAGGGCUGGAAUUGACUUUUUACAGUGGGGUUUAUGGGACAUGCAUAGGAGCCAUGACUCGCUUUGGUGAUAAUGCCAAAAGUCUCAUUGGCCUCUCUGGAAUUUUCAUUGGUGUUGGCGAAAUACUUGGUGGGUCUGUGUUUGGAAUGCUGAACCAGUGUAACCGGUAUGGGAGGAACCCUGUGGUGCUUUUGGGAUUGGUCACCCAUUUUUUGGCCUUCUACCUAAUAUUCCUGAACAUAGCCAGUGAUGCUCCCUUAGCCCCAGAGGAGGGGACACAGCUGUACAGCUUCAUCACUCCCAGCAUGGACUUGGCAUUGUUCUGUAGUUUACUGCUUGGCCUGGGUGACAGCUGUUUCAACACACAACUGCUCAGCAUCGUGGGCUUCAUAUUUCGUGAUGACAGCGCCCCAGCAUUUGCUGUUUUCAAGUUUGUACAGUCCAUUGCUGCAGCUCUGGCAUUCUUCUACAGUAAUUAUCUCCAGCUACACUGGCAACUGCUCAUUAUGGUACUGGUGGGCUUUACUGGCACCCUCUCUUUCUUUGUGGCUGAAUGGAUGGUGGCCAGCUGCAGACGAAACUCAGAUUAUGACAGCAUCUAACGGCUAGAGUCAGUGAGAAUGUGGCAGCAGAAGACUUCUUUUUUGUGCUCUCCUUUUCAACUUUUUCCUGAAGCUUUCUGGAUCCUCAGGAUUGGUAUGGAAUGAGCAGUUCUGCAGAAUUUUGUAAUACUCAUUUGGGUUUUUUUUGCUCACUGAUCUCUGCACUAAAAACAUAUCUUGAACAGAUUCUUUAAGCUCUGGAGUACACAGUUAUUGUAUUGUUUCUUCUUUCUUGCAGCUUAGCUGCACACAAAAUAAUCUUUUUAAAUAUACAAAGCCAUUAAAAUCACUGUUUGCUUUUGUGGUAAUUUAAUUUUAAUUUUCUAAAGGGAGCAGUUGGUUGAGUACACCACUCAAAAUUGUAAUAGUAUAAAAGUUGAAAAAGGUAUGGUUUAAAUUCAUGUAAUUUCAGGCAUAAUUCCAGCCAUAUCAACAGAACAGCAUACAACUAUAUGACAACUGUCUCAACACAAGUAAAUUGCACUAUAGCAAUUCCUCAUUCUUAAGAAGGGACAUUUCAAAAGAGUAAAUUUUACUAGUCGAAUCAAGUCAUUACAGAGAAUUGAUAUAAUUCCAAUGCAAAAUUGCAUAAAGACAUUUGCUAGAAUUAAAACACAGUUUCAUUUAAAGUGUAUUUUUUCCACAUUUUAAUAUUUAGCAGCCACUGUCCACAGUAUAAUCAUCUAAUGUUAAUGCAAAAGCUAUAGCUUCAGUGUUAUUCACAGUCUCAGAUUUAUUUUUGGAAAUUUAGAGCAGUAAUAUUGGAUCUUUGUUUAAAUGAUACCUUGCCAAAAUGUUCAAUGAUGAUUUUGACGUGAAGGUUUAGUGAUGAUGAAAGAAUCUGCAAACCUGUAGGCCACCUCUCCAGGUAUGCAUUUCCUCAUUAUUUAUUUGAACACUACAACAGAAUAACUGUAUUUGUACAAAACAUCACUGUGAUAGAACAUUACUUUGCAUUACAUUACUUGAAUUGUCUGAAGUAUAUGUGAGCUUUCUGUUGAAUGGAACACUCUAUCGUGAACUGUAAAGUUGACAAAUAUCACUUGUCAAAGCAGUAACUUAAUCUGCAGUACAAUUGCAAGUAUAGGUGGGAGGUAAAUAUGAACUAAGGACUCUUUCAGCAAGAUAUCUUUGUUUAUUGGGAUGCACUGUAUAUGACCAGUUCAGCUUUAAUUUAGGGCAGUUUAUUGGAUGUUAAAUUUGUGUCCAUAAAAUGUAGGCUGUAGGUACAAUUUUACUUGAAUCAUAUUAUAGGCCUACUGUAACCCUAACCCAAGGAUGCCAGUAUUUAAUGCUUGUGUGUGUGUGUGUGUGUGUGCGCGCACACACACACACACACACACACACACACACGAAUAAAGUUUAUUUUGCACCUUUAUUGUUUACUCAUGAUACUUUUAUGAUGAUUUGCAAAUUUUAGUGCUUCUGUGUACUGUUUAUUAGAUGCAGAUAUACUCCCAGGAAAUAUUAAUUUAGAGCAUUUCCAUCAAAAGUGCAAUUUGGUAAAUGUAUAAUUAAAAAAGACACAUAGUACAAAAUUA